AAAAAUGUCACAAACAAUUAAACACCCAAAAAGUCAGGAAGAAUUAAAUGCAAUUUUGGCAGAAGCAGGCUCUAAACUUGUCGUUAUUGACUUUUUUGCUACUUGGUUGGAUUUAAUUUUUAAAUAAUAAAAAAAAUUUAGGUGUGGUCCUUGUCGAUUAAUGACACCAAAAUUUAAUAAAUUAGCAGAUGAAUUUGCUGACCCAAUUUAUGUUGGAAUAGAUGUUGAUGAACAUGAACAUAUUGCAGCCAAUUAUGAAAUAAAUACUGUUAUUGAGGGAAAUAAUUAUGAGGAGCUGAGAAAAACAAUUGAAAGCAACAAAUGA